AUGGAUGGAGCUGAGCUGCGGCCCCGGGAGACGGAGGGUGCCGCUCCGGGGGCCCGGCUGCAGCCCGGAGGCGGGAGGGCCGACACGGAGCCGGAGGCCGCGGGGACAGGGAGAGUCCCGCCCCCCGCCCAGGAAGGGGCAGCCGGAGCGCGGGCAGGGAAAGAUUUUACUGCGGAGCAGACUCCACAGACGCUGUCCCGCACAGUGGGGGGAACCCCAACGGCCAACCCCGCGAGCCAGCACGCGGGGGCCUCGGCGGAGGGCGCCGGCUCUCGGGACAGACAGACAGACGGGAACGGCGUCGGAGGCGCAGUGGGGGACUGCGGAGGCAGCUACUCGGACAAGAGCUACCGGGGCGGUCAGUCCCCGAGCCCUCCGGGGCUACAGGCCACGUGCUUUAGACGCGGGAGUGAGUCGUCCAUGGAAGAUGCCCUGUCAGACGCGCGAGGGGACAGGGGGCCGCUGCCCCCCGAGCUGCAAGAGGACCGGUGCCUCGCCCGGGCCCCCUGCCGCACCCGGGCGUCUCCUGUGUGCUGCAGCGAGCGGACCCCUGGACAAGGGAAAACCGACCCAAACGCCGGCGGACCCCACCCAGAGCCCCGGGGCCGAGCGCCUCUCUCGAGGGACCGGCAGCUCUGCGCACGCCCCUCGCAGGCCGGGCAGCAGGGUGCACCACUCUCGUGGGAGUGGGGCGAGGGCCUCCUCGCACACGGAGGGCCCGUGUACGGGGGACCCGAGCCGCGACACGGGCAGAGCGCCUCCCGCCGUGUGGCCGCGGGCAGCGCCACGGGCCGCCCUGGCGGGCGGGUGAGGGCGGGACGGAGCCUGGGCAGCCCCCACGCUGCGGACCCCAGCAACCCCUCCUCCCUCCGGAGCGGGACGGCCCCUCGGAGGUGUGCGUGGAAGCCAGCCGAGGCGCUGCAGCUCCGGCGGGGGCUCCGACGGGGGCUCUGGCAGCGGCAGGCGCAGCUACCUGGUUUCGGGUGUGCAGCCGCACUCCCCGACUCUCGCUCUGGUGACCGUGAGGCUCCGGGCACGGCCAGGCUGGCGCCCCCUGGGGACGAGCCGCAGCAGUGCUCACGCACUGGCAGGCGGGCAGAGCCUCCAGGGCAGCCCGGGAAGCGCCCUGCGUGGGGCCGCUCCGCUGCCGGGCCGGCGGUGCGGCUGCGGGAGGCGGGACAGCCCGGCCGGCCCCCCGGGGGCCGCCUGUCAGGGGGCCUGCAGCUCCGUCGGUCCGGGGGUCCGACGCAGAGUCGCACACACGCGAGAGACCGCCUGCUCCCCGACAUCCGGGUCACAGGACGGAGCACAGACAGAGACUCGCCUCCCCACCCCCCGAGUCACACCGGCGUGGGGGUGCAGGAGAGCGGCCCCUCCUCGCAGGGCGCGGCCCUGACAGUGACCCCCGCGGGGACCGCACCCGCACAGCCUCCUCUGCAGCUGCUGGCCGGGGAGGUCAGCGGUGGACAGGAACCGGUGGCCCAGGGGGCCUCCCUCGGGCCCGGGUCUGGCCCUGAGCGCACCGUCCGGCAGGUGACGGCGGAAGCAGCCCCAGCGCCGCGUUCUCCAACAGGCUCCCGAGAGGCCCGAGAGCCCCAGGCCGGCACCUUGUCGGUGAGCAAGUGGGACAGGCUACAGGUGGUGGGAGUGCGGGCCACGGGAGCGCCGUCCUCCGUCCCACCUCCGCCGGCACGCGGUCUGUGCUGUGGGGCCUACGUGUGCACCAUGGUCCACGCCAGGCUGUCGCACCGGGAGCGAGCUCUCCUGAUCCGAAUGCAGUGCGGGCACGGUCACGCCGGCGGAGAUGCCGAUGAGGAGAGAUCUGCAGGAGAGAGCCCCCCGGAACGCGGCGGCGGCGGCGGCGCCUCCUGGUGGCCAGAGCCUCCUCCCAGGUGUGCAGUGGAGCGGCGAGCACAGCCCCAAGCCCCCGAUGGCCGCUCGCGCCCCCGAGGCUCCCCGUGUCCCGGCAGCCACGGCGUCACCAGCCCCCGGGGAGCGGCCGAGGCCGGGUGA